CUUGUCGUCAUAUCCACAGUUGACAGCGUUUCCUUUAGGCUAAGCCUACCAGGAAGCAUUUUAACGUCAUGGCGUCGCCUUUUCCCAGCCUCUUAACGUUCCUUGUGACGUUUGUGUUCCUGAGCUCUGCCCAGUCGGUCUGCAAACCACCAUCAGACGAGAAAUGUGUGUGCAACUGUGGGAAUCCAGUGCUGAAUUGCGGAAACGAGAACGCUCUCAAAGCAGAGUUGGAGCAGAUGAACAUCGCCAUGGACCAACUCUCACAGAAGAUAGUUCAGUGGCCUAAAGCUGACGUAAACGACCAGGAAACCGACGAGCCCCAAGACUGUCAGGACAUCCUCGACAACGACGAGACCACGCCCAGCGGCGUGUACAUGGUUUAUCCACGGGACAACCUGGGCGGCUUCCUGGUCUUCUGUGAUAUGGACACGGACGGAGGCGGCUGGACGUUGUUCCAGAAACGCCAAGACGGAACAGUGGACUUCUACCGGAACUGGAGGGACUACAAGACCGGCUUCCCUUCCAACCUGAACGGCGAGUUCUGGCUGGGGAAUGACAACUUGUACCGCCUGGCCGUGCAGAAAGUCUACCAGCUCAGGGUGGAUAUGGGGGAUGUGGAGGGGAACACGGCGUACGCGGCUUACAGCACGUUUGCCAUCUCGCCUGAAUCCCAGAACUACAAACUCCACAUAGGGACUUACAGCGGCACUGCAGGGGAUAGCCUGGUGUACCAUGACGGGAGACCAUUCAGCACCAAGGACAGAGACAACGACGAGCGCUCUGCUAGCUGUGCUGUAGGGGCCAAAGGUGCGUGGUGGUACGCUGAUUGCCACCACUCCAACCUGAACGGGCUGUACCGCCUGGGUGCUCAUGACGGUACCUACGACGGCGUCAGCUGGCACAACUGGAAGGGUCACCACUACUCCUUGAAGCGCACAGAGAUGAAAAUCCGCCCAACUACCUAACUUCACACAUUAUAUAUUGUAUCGUUCAUGUCAUCGAAACAGAAAAAGUUACCUGCUAAUCUCAUGAUGAAAUUCUAAUAUUGAAAGUCUAUAACAUUACAUACAGUAGCAACUCAUCUCCUAUAACGGCAUGGUCAAUUCCAGUCUUAUAAGAUUUCAUUUAAAUCCUACACUAGUUCGAUCUAGUUAAAACUACGUCUUUAUAUCUAUUGCCUCAAUGAAAAUGAAUGUAUUGUUUA